GGCCCCUGGAAGUGACUGAAAACCUUUGGUCCACCUGUGCCUCCGACGAGCUGCGCCGCUCGGGCCCCAGCCCCAGCCGCAUUACUGCCCCAGCUGCGGCCGCACCCCCGGCGCCACCACCAUGGGCACUACUCAGAAUUGGUCUCUAAGCCUCACCUUGCUCUUGCUGCUGCUGCAGGCGUCGUUAUGGAGUUGCGAGGACACGGGGCAUUGUCUUCCGGGCUUUGCCUCCGAAAGUUAUACAUUCGAGGUGCCCCGGGCACACCUGGAGCGAGGCCGAGUCUUGGGCCAAGUUCACUUUGAAAGCUGUUCUGGAAGAAAGCUGAAUGCCUAUUACUCCGAUGAUUCAAGAUUCAAAGUGACUGCUGAGGGUGUUGUCCUCGUCAAGAGGUCUCUACAUCUCCAUAAUUUAGAAACAAGCUUUAAUAUCUAUGCCUGGGAUGCUGCAGGUAAAAAACUCUCAACCAGAUUGACCUUGAAGAGACCAUCAAUGCGCCAUCGACGACACCACCACCAUCACCACCAGCAAGGAGAGGAAUCUGUCCCAGCAGAACCAAGAGAAGUGCUGAUGUUUCGUGGCUCUCGCCCUGGUCUUAAGAGGCAGAAGAGAGACUGGGUCAUUCCUCCCAUUAGCUGCCCAGAGAAUGAGAAGGGUCCAUUCCCAAAAACCUUGGUUCAGAUCAAGUCCAACCGAGAUAAAGAAACAACAGUUUUCUAUAGCAUCACAGGACAAGGAGCAGAUGAGCCUCCGGUAGGAGUCUUUACUAUUGAAAGAGAAACCGGGAUCCUGAAAGUGACAGAGCCUUUGGACAGAGAAACCAUUGCAAAUUACACCCUUUUCUCCCAUGCUGUGUCUUCAAAUGGCCAACCUGUGGAGGAGCCCAUGGAGAUAAUGAUUAGAGUAACAGAUCAGAAUGACAACCGUCCUCAAUUUAUACAGGAGGUCUUCAAAGGGUCUGUGAUGGAAGGAGCUCAUCCAGGUACCUCUGUGAUGCAGGUGUCAGCCACUGAUAAAGACGAUGAUGUGAAUACUUACAAUGCUUUGAUUGCUUAUUCCAUUCUCAGCCAGGAGCCCAAGGCACCCUAUGAUAAUAUGUUCACCAUCAACCGGGGAAAUGGAAUCAUCAGUGUGGUCACACCUGGCCUAGACAGAGAGAGCUACCCAGAAUAUACACUGAUCGUCCAAGCUGCUGACUUGGAUGGGGAGGGUCUAAGCACCACAGCCACAGCGGUGAUUACGGUCACGGACACGAAUGACAAUCCUCCUAUUUUCAACCCAACUACGUACGUGGGUGAAGUGUUGGAGAACGAAGUGGGCGCAGUCAUUACAAAGUUGAAAGUGACCGAUGCGGAUGUUCCUAAUACCCCAGCAUGGAUGGCAGUCUAUUCUGUCCUAAAUGAUGAAAAGGGCCUCUUUGCUGUUACCACUGACCCAGGGACCAAUGAAGGAAUUUUGAAAACAGCCAAGGGUUUGGAUUUUGAGACCAAACAGCAAUAUAUUCUUCACAUAACGGUAGUAAAUGAGGUUCCAUUUGUUGUCGGCCUCCCUACCUCCACAGCCACGGUCACUGUGGAUGUCAUGGAUGUGAACGAAGCCCCGGUCUUUAUGCCUCCAGUUAAGAGAUUGGAGAUUCCAGAAGAUUUGGGGUUGGGCGAGGAAGUUACAUCCUACACUGCUCAGGAUCCUGAUAAGUUUCUGUCACAGAAGAUAAUAUAUCGAAUUUGGAGGGAUCCAGCCAAUUGGCUGGAGGUCAAUCCUGAGUCUGGGGUCAUUUCUACACGGGACAAUCUGGAUAGAGAGAACUUUGAGCAUGUGAAGAACAGUACCUACACAGCCGUCAUUGUGGCUGUGGAUGAUGGUUCUCCUCCAGCCACAGGCACAGGAACCCUUCAGUUGUUUCUCUUGGAUGUAAAUGAUAAUGGCCCAGUACCAGAACCUCGAAACUUUGACAUUUGCCAGAGGAAUCCAGAGCCUCAGAUUAUAAAUAUUGUUGAUCCAGACCUUCCGCCAAACACUUCACCCUUCAUGGCAGAAUUAACACAUGGGGCUAGUGUUAACUGGACUAUUGAAUUAAAUGGUAAUGCAAGAGAGUCUCUGACUUUGAAGCCAAAGAAAGAAUUAGAAUUGGGAGAAUACAAAAUAAAUCUCAAGCUGAUAGACAACCAGAAUAAAGACCAAGUAACCACUUUGGAGGUGUACGUGUGUGACUGUGAAGGUGCUGUAUCCAAGUGUGUGAAAUCAGGUGUGAUCGCCCAGACCGGCAUGGAUGUACCAGCCAUCCUAGGAAUACUAGGAGGAAUCCUUGCAUUGCUGAUUUUACUGCUGCUCCUGCUCCUCUUUAUCCGAAGAAGGCCAGCGGUGAAAGAGCCUUUACUGCCACCAGAGGAUGACACCCGAGACAAUGUCUAUUAUUAUGAUGAAGAGGGAGGUGGAGAAGAAGAUCAGGACUUUGACCUGAGUCAGUUGCACCGGGGUCUGGAUGCUCGACCAGAAGUGAUUCGUAAUGAUGUGGCACCAACACUCAUGAGUGUCCCCCAGUAUCGCCCUCGCCCAGCGAAUCCUGAUGAAAUUGGCAAUUUCAUUGAUGAGAACCUGAAGGCUGCCGACAGCGACCCCACAGCACCCCCUUAUGACUCUCUACUGGUGUUUGACUACGAAGGGAGCGGCUCCGAGGCAGCCUCUCUGAGCUCCCUCAACUCUUCUGGCUCAGACGAAGACCAGGAUUAUGAUUAUCUGAAUGAAUGGGGCAAUCGCUUUAAAAAGCUGGCCGACAUGUAUGGCGGAGGGGAGGAUGACUAAAGGCCGAGCCUGGGGCUCACAGAGUCAAGAAACAGUCUCCGGGGGCUGUGACCCCCCAGGAAAGGGGCAUGUGUUUGAUCACUUCUAUCUGUGCCUCCCUCAACUGUAUAACACAAAUAGGAAUUACUGCUAAUUUACAAGGUUAGUUUUCUAUUUUAAGGCUAGUAUCAAUUCUCUCUGUUCCCACUCUUACCCCUUGUCUUUAAUUUCUUGCGUGACCUGAGUAAAGGUUUCAGCAAGUAAAGAAAAUCUAUUUCAGAGGUGAUUUUCCAGUCUUAGGGCGCCAUGCUGUUGGGCACUUCUUUGGGGCUCUGCCUAAAUUGAAUAAGGAGAACAGAUGGCAGCUGGCCCCCUCUCUCAUUCACCUCUGAACCCCCUUUUUAAAUGUGUGUAAUGUUUUUUUUGUUGUUUUGGUUUUUACUUUUACUUUGGUUCUCAAUCGAUUCCUUCCCUCUCACAUCUUCCCAGGCAAGAGAUCUCAGAAGCACAUACCUCACUUGACAUUUAUAGGCAAGAGGUUUGUGACUAGCCACGGCCAUUUUAUAAACUCGACAUCAUGUUGUUCAUGAGUUUUCCUUUAUCACCAAUUCACUAUGUAUAAAUACGCCUCAAGUUUGUGAAGAAUACUGGUCAUGUAAAUGUCAUUAUUAUUGUUGGAAUUCUGUUGGAGAGAUGUCGCAGAAGGGGAAACUAACAGAAAAUAGGGUGGGGUUUUUUUUUUCCAUCUCAUAAUUAAUAGAAUGAAAUAGCAAUGCACCAAACCAGGGAAGUGUUGACGGUGCAUUCACCAAAGACUGGAGAUGAUAGGUUAGAGUGGAAGCAAUAGAUGGAAACAUCGGUGAAGGAAGCUUUCACACCUCCUUGGAGAUGAGAAUUCCAUCCAGGAAGAGCGCUGCAGGUUAAACAUUUGGUCUCAGAGGUUCUAUCCUUCUGCACAGAUUUCCCAAGUACCUACUUUGGAUCAUGUCUUCUGGAUGCACUAGCAGACAGAUAACAAGAAAAACUGAGAAAGUUAGCAAGCAGACAUCUUUCCUGGAGAUAGACUAAAUUGGUUUGAAGGCUUCUCCCCCUUUCAUUAGAUCAGCAGGUUUGGUGCUGAACAGAGGAGCUUAGCCCAGGGGUGGGGAACCUGCAGGCUGGAAGCCAUCUGUGGGUCCUCAAGUGCAGCCCUUUGACUGAAUCCAGACUUCACAGGACAAAUCCCCUUCAUAAAAGAAUUUGUUCUGUCAAACUUCCUCACCCCUGGCUUAGACUAAUUGAUGCACACAAAGGAAACAUUUUGACUUGACGGUUUGGAGCUUCCUGUUUUGCAGUACCCCGUUUGUUGGGCCCCUGAAAUGUCUUCGGUUUUUUUGCAGCCAAAUAGUCUGUGAUGAUUUAGCACUGUUUCCUAGAAUGUAUCUGUUCAGGUCCUUUUAAAUUUUGUACAGUGUGGGUGUGGAAGACAGCUGUGAUCCAUGUUGACAAGAAUUAAACCCUUGAAAAUGCAUUUUUAUAAAUUUUAUUAAAUAAUUUUGUUAAACUGUUGUCAGACUGUUAUCUUAUUGGAGUAGGCACCAUGGUCCUGUGCCUCGAGGUGAAAGCAGUGGCUCCUGACCCCAACUUAAUGGUGGGUCCAAGGCUCAGUUGUCCCUGAGAGUGUCAUGAAUUAAUACUAAUAUUAAAUUUCCUAUGAUUUAAAAAG